CGUCAUAUCUUGCUCGAAGAGUCCCGAUGUCAUGGCGUGAACCCUUCGCAUUGGCUCUAGAUCUAUUUUUCAGCUUCCUCAUUUUCAUGCAUAACCAAGCAGAUGCUGUUACCAUAGCAACAAACACGGUUAUUGAAACGCCGAGCAAGAUCCAGGAGACCUGGCCCAUAAUCACGGCAUCGUCUGAUUCACUACCAGUGUCUUUUGGCUCGAGAGUGUUUUCUAAUGGAUAAAACAAACACAGCAGAAAGCGGGUUUAAAACAAACUAACUUUCUCAAAUUCAUAUUUCUUUCUUCUGUCUCUGGAUGAAAUUCAGUGACAACAUUUGAUUAUGUAGUUAUUCUGCACACACACACACACAAAGAAAACAUUUCUUACUAACCGCCCAAGUUCCAGGAGGUGUUGUUCUUUGAGAUAUUUCCUUGCACGAGGACUGUUUAAAAAUAAAAUAAAACCUAGUUAUAUAAAAAUUAAGUAACGUAAUAUAUACUCGGUGGAUAAAGCUUUAAGCAACCCACCAUAGGUUGCUUCUAAUUCUAAUGCCGUGGGACUACAAGUUCAAAUUUUUCCAGAUUUAUAGUUGGGGCUCAACUGGAAAACAUCAACGUCAUUUCAAGUUGUAAGCGCUUUUAAACGGCACAUCCAGUGCAGAUUCUACUCAAAGCCAUAGCAGAUGUUUUUCCGCGACUCGCUGGCAGUCACAAAAGGGAUAAGCAUACACAAAUGAUCAUUAGAGUUAUGAAAAAGAUUUCCAACAAAUUUCAUAAAGGAGCACUUACCACAAUAUUUUUUGGGGGGAUAUUUUGCAGGCAUUGCAUCAAAACUUGAAAAGUUUGGGCCAAAUUUUCAAGUUUUAAUCCAUGUCCAUCCUUGCUAUCCGUUGCAGCAGACGACAGGAAACAGUUUUAAUUAAGAGAGGAUAAAGGGGACAGAGAAGGCAUCCCCCAUACACACCCUAUUCCAUAGGUAAUUUGGCUCGUGUUAUUUUUAGAAUCGGGAUAAAGUUACCUGGCGCGCUGCGUGGGUGUUUCGUGGAAGUUUCGCAUGAUUAAACACCGUGCAAAACAUUUCGCCUGGCUGAGAGAGAGGAAGGGCGAUUCUUUUUUAAUUUCCGUUUCGCUGACACAACUUUAGCAGAAAUCUCUCUUUAGUCGUUUUCGUUGACCAAACGAAUAGCAAUAUCGCUCUCCGCAUCUUCCGAGAUUUUGUUCUGCGUCAAUUCGUGAAGGACGCGUGCCUCUUAGCGUGGGUCAUCCACGCGGAACACAUUCGCGCUAUGUGAUUGGCUGUUGUCUAAUCCCUCUUGAGAUCUGUGGUGUUAAAAAUAACUCGAGACGAAUUACCUAUGGAAUAGGGUGUGUUUGGUGGAUGCCCUCUCUGUCCCCUUUAUCCUCUCUUGCUUUCAGUGGCUAAAUAUAGUCGUAAAUACCAAAACUGGACCUUGAAAUUCAAUUGAUGGGAGAAAAGAUUUGCUUUUAAAAGAAGAUAGCUAAUAGUCUGACAUAGCCCUUUUAAUGCCCUUACCUCUGUCAACUGGCAACGCUCUUGCGGGUCUCACGUAUCUGCUAAGGAAUGCGCUGUUGUAUUCUGCUCCGAUAUGAUUGCUCACGUAACAAGUGUAAAGUCCAAAAUCUUCUUCUGUCACAUUACUAAUUUUCAAGUCAGAUUCAUAACUUUCACCCCGUUGCCGGACAGUGCUGUAAUACUUAAGAUCUAUAAGCUGAAAUGCUCCAUCUUCCAAGUUAUUCCUCAUGUUUGACACAAAUGUCAUAGACUUGUCCCAUUUCAGCCAUCUAAAAUCCGGAAGUGUCCCACUUACAAGCACAAGGCACUUCAUUGUUACACUUUCUCCAACCUGUGCACUUUUGUUCCUUGGAAGAUCUUUCCGCAAAGUGGGUAUUGUUCGUGAUUUAGCUAUUAGAAAGAUGACGAGAGUUAGCCCUAUGCGGCCUAAAUGAAACGAUUCCAAGAAAAAUAAGAAAACUAGAUAAAGAUUAGACCAUCCUCUCAUCACAGUCUCAUGUACUCACCCUGAACCCUGACCGAGUAUGUAUGAUUUAUACUGCCAUAUGGAUUCGACACUAUACAAGUGUAUUCCCCAGCGUCUCCAGGUCUUAGGUCUUUUAGUUUCAAGUACCAAAUUGAAGUGUUCAGGUAUGGGUCCAAUUUUCUCCCUCUUAAAAUCUUCCCGUCUUUAAGCCAGGAGUAUUUAAGAGGUGCUGCUCCCAUUGCCUUACACUUUAACUUCACUGAGUGACUUGCUGGCCAUACUUUGAAAGCUCUUUUUAAGGUAUCUGGGUCAGAAAAGGUGGGUGGAUCUCCUAUCCGGGAAGGAAUUUUUAUAGUUACUUGAAAGGUCAGUAAAUCAGAGUAUCUAAUCUAACUUAUCAAUUGCAAAAAAUGCACUCUAUUUGAGUAUCAACAUAUCUAGUACUAAAGUAUUAAUUGUGGACACUGUUGUUACGUCUCAUACUGAAAGCAACUGAAGACGGGACCGCCAUUUCACGUUGCUCAUCCGAGCCGCGCGAAAGGUCUUAUGGGGCAAGGGAAGCCGGUACCUUCAGUUAUUUUGAGAUUCUGAGUAUUGGUCCGGCCUCGGGAAUUGAACAUGCAACCUCCCGCUCUGGUAGCUGUCAACCGCUCUACCGACUGAGCUAAUCCUGCUGCGGUCAUUAUUAUAUCGGGUUGGGUUGUAUUUAGCAACUGGCCUCCUUUGCUUUUCAGCAGCACAAAACGAUCGACUCUUUUUUCUUCUGGAGUUUGUUCAACUUGUUAUGAUCAUCACAAGUUAUUAAAAGGAACUCCAUACCAAUGAAAACAAAAAGGAUCGGAUCGCAGAAUCAAGGAUGUUCAACUUGUAAGAUACCCUGCAAGAGAGCCUGUCUUUUACUUUCUCAAUUUUGGCGUAUGCGAGAAAGACCCUGCAUGAAUUGAAUAAGAUCUUUGUUGAGAAUGUGCUACUUUUUGCUGGAAUACCCCAACCCAGGUCUAACAGCUAUGCGGUCGGAUAAUCACACGUUUGGAAAACAAAGUUUCAUGAGAGGAAACAAGAUUGCGUACAGUACAAAUUCGCGAGUAAGAGCCUACUCUUUGGCAGUCACAAAAGAGAUAACCAUAAACAAACGAUCCGUACAAUUGUAAACAAGUUAUCGAACAAUUUUCAUAAAGAAGCACUAAACACCAUAAUUGUUUUGGUGAUUUUUUACAGGCAUUGCAUCAAAACUUGAAGAGAUUGGCCCAAAUUUUUAAAGUAUUAAUCCAUGUCCAUCCUUUCCAUCCGUUGCAACAGACGACAGGAAACAGUUUCAAUGGCAAAAUAUGGUCGUAAAUAACAAAACUGGACCAUUUUUUCUGAAAUUCAAUUGAUGCGAGAAAGAUUUGCUUCUAAAAAAGAUAGCAAAUAGUCUGGCAUAGCCGCUUUAAUGGCCUUACCUCUGUCACCUGGCAACGCUUUUGUGGGUCUCACAUAUCUGUUAAGGAAUGCGCUGUUGUAUUCUGCUCCGAUAUGAUUGCUCGCGUAACAGGUGUAAAGUCCAAAAUCUUCUUCUGUCACAUUACUAAUUUUCAACUCGGAUUCAUAACUUUCACCUCGUUGGAUACCGCUGUAAUACUGUGGAUCUAUCAACUGAAAUGCUCCAUCUCUCAAGUUGUCCCUUAUGUUUGACACAAAUGUGAUAGACUUGUCCCAUUUCAGCCAUCUAAAAUCCGGAAGUGUCCCACUUACAAGCACAAGGCAUUUCAUUGUUACACUUUCUCCAACCUGUACACUUUUGUUCUUUGGAAGAUCUUUUUGCAAAAUGGGUCUCGUUCGUGGUUUAACUAUUAGAAAGAUGACGAGAGUUAGCCCUGUGCGGCCUACAUGAAACGAUUCCAAGAAAAAUAAGAAAACUAGAUAAAGAUUAGACCAUCCUCUCAUCACAGUCUCAUGUACUCACCCAGAACCCUGACCAAGUAUGUAUGAUUUAUACUGCCAUAUGGAUUCGACACUAUACAAGUGUAUUCCCCAGCGUCUCCAGGUCUUAGGUCUUUUAGUUUCAAGUACCAAAUUGAAGUGUUGAGGUAUGGGUCCCAUCUUCUCUCUCUUAAAAUCUUCCCGUCUUUAAGCCACGUAUAUUUAAGAGGUGCUGCUCCCAUUGCCUUACACUUUAACUUCACUGAGUGACUUGCUGGCCAUACUUUGAAAGCUCUUUUUAAGGUAUCUGGGUCAGAAAAGGUGGGUGGAUCUCCUAUUCGGGAAGGAAUUUUUAUAGUAACUUGAAAGGUCAGUAAAUCAGAGUAUCUAAUCUAAAUUAUCAAUUGCAAAAAUGCAUUCUAUUUGAGUAUCAACAUAUUUAGUACUAAAUUACUAAUUGUGGACACUGUUGUUACAUCUCCUACUGAAGACGGGACCGCCAUUUCAGAUCACGUGCUCUUCCGAACCGCGCGAAAGGUCUUACGGGGCAAGGGAAGCCGGUACCUUCAGUUAUUUUGAGAUUCUGAGUAUUGGUCCGGCCUCGGGAAUUAAACACGCAACCUCAGCAACUGGCUUAGCCUGAAUUUCAUUAAGGUCAUUAAUGAAAAGUUUGUCAUUAAGGCCCCCUCUAUACAAGAACUUGUUUAGCCUAAAAUUUGAACAGGUUCUUAUUUUCUAGAAUAUAUAUUAAAACUAUUCUCUACACUUGGGCUAAAGCACUUCAAAUUUCAUGAGGUCAGUGCUUCAGUCCUUUUUCUCAUGGUCAUUUUUGCAUAAAUACCAAAUACAUUUGGUAUGCUGAAUUUAUAUUUUAAGGAAUAAGCUGAAUACCAUUAAAUACUCAUGGCUACUAAACUAUGCUUUAAAAAAAAAUAAGAAGAAGAAGAAGAAGAACCUAUUUAAGAACAACCUAAAUUUGUGCAAAUUACCAUUUAAAUUUAUGUAAGAAUUUGUUUAGGCUAACUUGGGAAAAUGCCGGUUCUUACUCGCGGAUUUUCACUGUAAUCAAGAAGUUGGGGUUUUGGCGACGCAGUUGUCACUUUCGUAAACGGUUGCUGCUAUAAUGAUUUUUAAGACACUUAAAAAAAUUUUUAACCUGUUAUUGAGAGUGUUUCUAUUAAAAAGAAAGAAGAUCGCAACGCAGGGUCGAUCUCGUACCUUUCGUGUCCUUACCUCUCUCCUUAGUCUCCCUCGCAGCCGGUUUUCGUGUCGUCACGCGAGGAGCGUUGCGUGACGACAUUAAAAACGGCUGCGAGGGAGAUUACCCUCUCUCUUACUACUACACUACCACACCGACCGGCCAAAAUUCCGGAAAACGGAAAAUUUUAGUACGUAAACUAACAGACGGUUUUCUUAACUGAUACAUCAUUAACAGGUGAUCCUUCAAUUUUCCUAACUAUUAACGUAAAUCCAGCUUAGGCUUCAAGGUCGUUCUUUCUAGGACUAUUCAAAAACGUAUUAUUUGCCUUAUACAUUGUAACUUAACCCAGGGAAUAUUAUAAAAGUAUCCCCCGAAGGGAAGGUGAAUAGUGGUGGGUGGUUAUACCGAGGCGCGAACCGUCGAGGUAUAUAUCUAGCGCUGUUCACCGAUCCUGAGGGGGAUAGUUGUUUUAGUAUUUACCAAAUCAGUUGAAACUGAAAAAAGGAACUUUUUGUAAAUUAAAAACGUCACUUAGUAGGAAGUUUGUUUACAAUUUACAAACAUUUCAGGGAUUUGUCAAGUGCAUUUUAGCGGAGCUCUUCGCGCGCGCGAGCGGAGCCCCGUAGUAGCUAAGAAAAUUUGGUAAACCAUCCAUCCGAGAAAAGCAUCCAACUGAUUUGUGGACUGAGAAAACAAGUUUAUUGUUUGAUUUCAGGAGCCCAUCAAAUGGAGCCUCCAUCUCCCAUACAAGCCCUUGGAGUCAACCCUUUCCCGAGUAGAUUUAUAAUUAGAACGGUUCCCAGGGGAGACUUCGCGCGCCGACGGUGGGAAGAGCCAAUCACAACGACGAAAUGACACUGCUAUUGUACUUCACAAAACAGCAGGAAAUUUGGUGUUGACAGGCCAAACACAAUCAUAAGCUAGUGAAACGUGACUUCAGCGUUUUCAUCCCUCGGAGAUUUUCUUUCUUUUCUUUCUAGUGGGUAGAUUAUACUGUGGAGAGUUUUACACUCUGACUAUGUUAAUCAUAAUUUUGGUUGCUUGUCUCACAUUAAGAGGCCAUGAAGCUGGUCUGUUACCUGCAGUCUGUAGUUCUGACAGGAUUCGUUUUCUUUAGCCAAUUUUUUUGAGCGUUAAGGUUCUCAUUUCGGCUAAAUGACUCAAUAUUAAUCAAAUUUCUAGUUUUGCAAGGCUUUUUUUUUUCCGAAACGCGUUUAUCUAAAUAAAUACUUGUAGUCCUUGCGGUUGUUUUGCCCGUUAGCUAGUGUGAUGAUUCCCUGCUAUGUUUUGUAACGCCGGGCCCAGCCAUUCUUUUCUCGCAAAAAAGUGAUCUACAGAUGCGAAUUCGAAGGAAAGAAUUGAGCCUAAACUUCUACAUUAACUGCUGAGAAUUGUCCUGUUACUCAGUCAUAACUCUUUUGGCGCAGAUACAAUCCAUUUUGUUUUUCUUGAGAUAAGCGGGUCUUUGGACUUGAGCGCGAUGUCACAAAUUCCUCCGUUAGCAAAUUAUUCACGGUCGAGCAACUGCUGUCUUCUGUUCAACUUUUCAGGUGCCAGUUUUAUCAGGCAACUCUCAUGUUGAUACAAGUCAGUUGUAAAGGAAGACUGCAAUUUCUCAAAUUUCGGAACUGAAGCAUUCCUCGUUAGUUGCUUCUUAGGUCAUCGCUUUUGCACGCGGUGCUUAACUGGCGAAAUCCACUCCACGGUGAUGACAAAAAAUCAAAUGAUCCUGGCGCUUUCUCGGCGCUGAUCAUCGACAAAUUCCAAAUCGUCCACAGAACGCUUAAUCGUCGACUCUUUUGAAGGUGCACGCUUAAAUGUGGGAUGUAUGGCGGCAGAAAAAAAAAACACUCGCAAAGAUAACCUUUCCGUGAUCCUCAGUUCGCUGCCUUUGUCCCAUCGCUUCAUGCUCAGUCUCAGUCGGGUAAUUCAUUAACUUUUAUUUCAUGACACCCAGAUGGAGAUCCCAGCGGCUGUAAAAUUGUAAAAAUGGACGUAUAGUAAAAAAGGAAAACGGUCGAAGGACGGGCUUCUGAGUUCGACUUCAUCCAACUUCAUUUUUUUCACGGUGACAUACGAGACUCACGGAAAUAUGACACUUUUCGCUGGAAACAAGCCGUUCUAUUUAUAAAUCUACUCGGGAAAGGGUUAACUCAAGAAAUUAAUGGAGAUGGAGGCUCCAUUUGAUGGGCUCCUGUUGAUUUAAAUUAUACAUUAAAUUAUUCUGGAUCUACGCUUUUAGCCCUGGCUAAAUCUAUAUUUUACGAUUUUGUUGCAAAUUCAGCAUGAAAAUAAUUUUCUACCUACCAAUGAACACCGACAAGCCAAAGUCUGUCGCUUUCUUGGUAUUUGUUUCUACGACUGCUUCAUUUAUCGCACAAAUUUCGUCUUCCGAAAUGUCUCGAAACUGGACGCCAUCUCGGCUCCGGUCGCAAAACAGAGAAUAGCCAGGGAUAUUCCGAGUUACGGGAGCCAAUCAAAACGCGCGGAAAUCGCUAUUCACUAAUUUGGUAAAUACUAAAUUACAUCUAUCAUGACUAAAGGCUUGGUUACCGAUGGUGGCAUGGCAAAGACCGUGUGCGAAAGGGAAAUAGGCUUCAGGGCGGCGACCGCACAAAAAUGUCCUUUUCUCCUCCUCACUCAACAAGACAAAGGCAGGCACUACCCGCAGGGUGCUUGCUAUAAAUAUAUUUAUAGAAGAUGGCAUACAACCAUAAAGCUGAAUAUUUAAUACCUGUAUCGCAGCGAUCUCCUCUCCAACCAGAUAAGCAUACUUUAUUUCCAUUCUUAUCGCAUGUGUAAUGCCCAGAGUUGUCGCUUCGGGCCCGACAGAAUUUUUUACAACGAUUUCCAUAAUAGUCAGCAUCACAGAUCACUCUGAUCUUGUAGCUGAUGGUGACAACAGAACUAUAGGUGGUUUUCACGUUACGUCAUCGCCGCCAUGCUGGUGGACGGUAAACAAAAGAUCGCUCUUUAGCUCGCUUUGUUUGUCCACCGGCAUUUGCUCAUUUCACCAUUGUUAUUUGUGUCUCCCGAGGAUACAUGAAAACCACCUAUUGUAUGCGUGCAAUUCCCAUUCGUUGUUUGAAAGUAAUGUCCCUCUCUAUACAACUCUGUCGAUUAAUUCACUGUUACCUAAUAUGUGAAUAAUAAAUAAAAAUAAUGAUUAAAUAACAAAAUAAAUAGAUUGUUUGAAAGGUUGUUAAAGUGCUGUGAGGCGGAAAGGACUGUUUUGCCUAACAAAACUGCAUAAGAUGGAUACCGUAUUUCAGUAUGCCAAUAAUGUUCAUAACUUACUAGUAAUUGCCUCUUAAUAUUCAAUAAAUGUUGAUUGCUUUUGCACUAAACAUUAAAGAGAAAGUUAUUGAAGAUAUAAUGUUCGAUCAAUUAAUAUUCCUUGCCUUGUUUCCAAGACAUUUACAUUGAACGUAGACAAAAUUAAGUUAUUCUGCAUAGAAAACAAUAGUUAGUGCUUUCAUAAACAUUAACAUUCAGACGGCCUGUGAAUGCAAGCUAGGCGCCAAACGAGCCAGAAUCCUUUGAGCAAAAACUUACUCGAAUUGUCUGCGUCCCUUGCUUCCAGAACUAAGGAGUACGCAGCCUGCAAUAAACAACUAUAAUAGCGUUCGUUAACUUAUCUCGUGGGGGGAAGGCGCGGGGGCACUCACGAAACUUUCGGGUAGAGGUGUGCCAUCGAGGCCUUCACUGAAACCCUGACCACGUUUAAAACAAAUCGUUAAUAGGACUCAAUUGGGUAAUUAAGUUAUAAACGGGAAGGCAAAGUGCCAGAUUAUUCUAAUAACCAAAAAAACGGGGCCAUUCCCCUAAAUUGAGCUGCAUACCACUUGCUGAACGGUUCAAUAAUUAUUCUAAGGACAGACUGCGUAGGCUUACCCUCCCUCCACAAGCUUGACAGGUGAAUAGAGAUCGGAUUGCGAAAUCCAUUAUUCGACGAUGAAGUGUUUGUGAAAGAGAUCGAACUUCUUCUUAGAACAACGGUUGUAAACUCGCCGUACAAACAAGGACCAGUCGACGAAUCAUGUUGCGUGUUCUGCUUGUUUAGACAAACUCUGAAGAAUGUGUCGCAUUCGUCACGGCACACGCUUUGUCCAUGAUGUAUCGUGCGACUCCCAUCACAGCAUUCACCGUUGGAUUUCUCAUGUUUGAUGUUUCUCAGCGAAUUUAAGUAGAUUUGAAAAGAUCCCGAUCCACUUACAGUCUGCAAAAGAGAAAGAGGGUCAGACUCACUGAAUCUUUCCCGAAAGCCUAAAAUUCAAAGUGCAGGAAAAGGCUUUAUACAAUGCGUGGUUUUUCCUUACCUGCUUAUGAAGGAAGAGGAGUAAUGCAACAAAACAAAUUAAACUUUUCGAGAAAUGGACCGAAGCCAUCGCUAAAAUCUGAAUAUUGCUGGCAGAGGUCGAGGAAUUAAAGAUAUUAAAUAUACUGACGCACUUCCUAUUCGUGAUUGACGUGCUCUUCUCUUCUGAGUUUAUUCUAAUCUGCGAUCAGGCGUUCUUUUUUCGGGGAUAGGGCAAAAUUCGUCUAGCAAAGAGAAAGGGAAGAAGGACACCUGAUCACCUGAUCGUAGGCGGGUUAAGUUUAUUCCUAUGUGUUGCACAUUAAAAAGUUGGACCCUGGAUUUGCAUUUGCUUAUCAAACCAGUUUCACUAAAGGGAAAAUCCCGGGAAAAUAACGGGAGUUCUUGUCGGAAAUUACCAGAAUAUUGCUCAAAAUCAGCAAACACAUUCAUUCGCUGCGAGGGCAAGACAGUGUAAAAAAUUUCAUGUUUUUUUUUUCACGACUCGACGAACAGAUGCUCUCCAAGUUAGGGAAAAAACCUGCUUCGAUUUUUCCCUCGCGGUAGAUAAAAAAAAGAAUCAGUGUUUAUGUUCAGUUGUUCAGAAUUAUUUUCAACCCUAAAUUAACUGGCACUGACAACUUUUAACAACGAUUCAAGGGCUAGUCAGACUAUUAGGACUGUUCAUUUGGGUAGCCAUGAAAUUGUUCCCUUUAUUUUUAUGGCUCAAUACUGUAAAAUGCCGCUAAAAGUGGCCGCGACAAAUCUAAUAGCAUUUAUUUUACAUUUUAUAGAUCAGUGCGCUGGCAAUAAUCCACAGAUUUUUACCCCUAGACUGGGUGCGACAAACACCCCGUCGUUUAUUAAAGGGACUAUCCCUUGGACAGAGCGAACAUGACUUUCUAGAAAUAAGGUUUAGCAUUACUUAAUCGUGGAGCAGGUAUUCAUACGGAUGAAGAGGACAUGGCAGCAUUGGGCUAAGCAUUCAUUGUCUCUAAAUCGACGACUCGCGUUUGACUGCAAAUGUAAAACGCAAAAAAAAAGCAGAAAAUUGGACCAUCGAUUAAACCCGAAACACGGAACAUGAAAAAUUAUAAUAAUUUUUAAACAGUUAAAAGAAAUAAACAAAUAGAAAAUAAAAAUAGCCGAAAAAAAUAAGUAUAAAUAAAUAAAUAAAUAAAUGAACAUAAAUAAACUGACAUGAAAUAUAUCCACAUUGCUGGAGGUAAAUACAAUUGGCUGGUCGAGGGAAAGGCUGUCGGACAACCUCGUCCCCAGGGCUUCUCCCUGGCCCCUCCCAUUUUCUUAGGGAGAAACCCUGUGAACGAGGUUGGUUGUCGGAUACAUUUCCGUGCAAAUGAUAGUAAUGAGUGAAAUCUCCCUUUUCCAACAUUUUUAAGAGCUUAGAAACUUCUGGCUUUGAAUUUUGGUGGACAGUUCGCACUGGAUACUUAUUACCCUGUCCCGGGGGACUAAGUUAUGGAACUGCCGUACUGUGACUGCUUGGGCAUCACAUGGGUUACUCCCCAAACCGCCCCAAGGGGAGGUGGCAGGGCUGAGACCUUAAAGUCACUUCAACUGAACUCCGUUGAACUGAGGAGGCGGGCAAAACCAUGCAAUUCUAAGCGAGGGUCCGAUGCAUCAUGCCAUUAGUGCGCAGGCUCGAGCGACCAACCUCGUCCCCAAGGCUUUUCCCUUAAAAAAUAGGUGGGGCGGGAAAAGGCCCUGGCAUCUUUUCCCGCCCCACCCAUUUUUUAAGGGAAAAGCCCUGGGGACGAGGUUGUCGAGCGACGGAAUUUUAAGGAGUUUCUUAUUUCCCGCGUUACCGGCUGAUAGAUACGCAGUUAAAAUAAUGGUGGUUUCUAAACUGGUGUUAACAGUCGCCUGUUUUUCCGCCCGGUGGAAGAUGUCGAGCGCUGAUCUACCGAGGUUUCUCAGGCAGAUCGAAAUCUGGGGAUAGUAUACCCCUGAGACAAGUACUCUCUGUCGAUUUGGCUCGCUAAAAGAAACCAAAAUACACUGAAAAUAGCGGAGAUCAGCAUCUUACCACGAAUGUGAAUGUUGUGCACCAACAACCAAAGCCGGGUGUCCCUAGGGUCUUCAAACGAUCACAGAGGAGAUAGGUAACCUUCACAUAAUUGCAAAACUCAUGAUUAACUGCGGAGGCUGGGAAUUGGUGACGGAAGCUAGAACAUCUUGCCAACUCUGGCGCAGAGCGCCUUGAUUUACCGUGCUAGAGAGACCUUGACCGUGUCUCUAAUCUGCCAAUCAAAUCGGCGGUCGCGAGAUUGUUUAAUAAGCUAAUUCAAAAGUAAUCAUCAAGGGAGGAACGACGCGCUCUAGCCCAAAGAGUCCCACUAUCUUUAGAAAAACAAGGUGGAGUUUAAAAAUCGUAGCUUUAGUUUAAGCUGCAAUCCAUUCUUUGAAAUUCGGAUCUGAAAAUCACUAAGGAGAAUUUAACAUCCUGCGAAAAACUACUAACUAGCUGGGCCCAGCGUAACAGAACAUUGCAGGAAACCUUCACAUUCACGGACAAAAGUAAACCGCUUUAAGUUAUUCAGAUCCAGGAGGCACUUUGGAGAAAUUUAAACAACCUAAAAGUUUACUUAGCCGCAAGGAAGAAGUUUACGUUUUAAAGAGGACAAAGAAAAGCUUCUCGACUCGCAUCAAAGGGUGAAUCAUGCCGACCAUAAAUAAACCGCAGAAAAUCAUUGCGUGUCACGACCUCUCAGUAUGAAACAAGAGGCAAAAAUAAUGCAGAUUUGCUCAGUCAUAAUCUACCCGCUGGGAAAAAAAUUCAUUGGAACAAGCAGCAUUUUGGCACGAGGUAAAUGUCGUGUGUUGCCUACCGACCCCAUAUGCCAGGUAGUAACUGGAACAGCAGUGAUUUUCCAUCUAGCGGGUCGGCAAGACCGCCAGUAUGUCUCUCUUUUGAAUAUAAUUUACAAUGCCCUCUCUUAGUUCCGCACUUAUUUCUCCACACCAUCGACUGUUCCACUGGCUUUGGCUAUUGCCUUAUCUCAAUCUUCCGUACAUACAGGCAUCUGAUAUAGACCUUUUUACCGAUACGGCGGCCAUAUUGGAUUACUUAGAUUUAAGGAGUAUUAUG